AUUCAAUGGAAGAAGACUUCCAAGGAACCAGAACAGAGAUUGUUGUUUCUAGGUUUUAUAAUAGACACAGUUCAGAUGAAAUUCUUCGCAGCGGAAGAAAAACUAGCAAAUAUAGAAAAUCUCAUGGUCGAUUUUUUGAUGAAAAUAGUGUUCAAAUGUAGUUUCAAUUCCAAGGAUGUUGCAGGGGUUCUGGGAAAAAUUCAGAGUCUCAGGAGGAGUCACGGAUCUCUGGUAGGAAUAAUGUCAAGGUCCACUCAACAUCAGCUAGGAAAAUUUGUUACAAAAAAUGAUUGGACGACAGGUUUGGUCCUCAACAACCAAUGUUUCGAGGAAUUAAAUGCUUUGAAGAACGAAUUAAAAACGUCAAAUGGUCAAUUCAUCCAGAAUUCGUUCACAGCAGGAAAAACUUUCGAACUGGAAGAAGUCUCGAGAAUGGUCAAAAUCAUUGAAACUACCGAAAACAAAGUCGAAAAUUUGAUGGUGUCGGAUGCCUCAGCAACUUCUGCAUUCGUGUACCAUGAUGGUCAGGUAGAACUAAUAAACGAUCAUGAAUUCGACAAAUUCGAAAAAUCGACAAGUUCAGGUCAUAGGGAACUCUUAGCAGUAAUCAAAACACUGGAGUCAGAACAAAAUUCGUCUUUCUUUACCAACUUAAUCAACAGGAGGCUUUACUGGCAAACCGACAGCAAAAAUAGUUUCAUCUUCAUGUCAAGAGGCUCCAGAGUUCCCUCCAUCCAAAAAGACGUCUUCAAACUCAAAACAUUAGAAAAACGUCUAAAUCUGCAGAUCGUACCAGUGUGGACUUCAAGAAAUCACAACAGAAUAGUCCUAGAGGAUCUGGGUUCCAAAUUCAGUCAAAGCACCGACGAAUGGGGCGUUUCAAGGGACCUUAUUCAACAAAUAUUUUCAAGUUGGGAAAUCCAACCCACCGUCGAUUGUUUUGCGUCUUCAUCCAACACAAUCUGCGGAAAAUUCUUCUCGAAAAUACCACAGAUAGGUUCAUCAGGAGUAAAUUUUUUUGAUCAAGACCUCAAGGUUCAUGAAAUAUAUUUCUGCUGCCCUCCAACUAAGCUGGUGGGCCAUACAUGGCAUCAUUUGCUAAACCACAAGGGAAUCACAGCUAUUUUAAUUUGCCCAGUUUGGAAAUCUGCAAACUACUGGCCUCUUAUAUUUCAAGGUCCAAAUCCACACAAAAAUAUAAAAGAGUUUCGUUUUUUUUCAGGGAGAUUUCUUGUGUUUAACCAAGUAAAAUCACUUUUUUCCAAAGCUAGAUUUAUGGAUAUGGUGGCAAUUCUGUUAAAAACAGAAUAAUCUCUGAAAAAAUAUUAAAGGCAGUGGGGGUCCUUUGUCUGUUUUUUUCCUUUUUUUGUUUGUUUUUUGUGAUAAAAAUGUAAACUUCUCUUCACAGUGAAACAAAACUAUUCGAAUUUUUCUAUAACAAAAAUCAGUAUUAACAUUCAUUUUUUAUGAAAAUCUCAAACAAUGCAGAAAUUAUAAGUUCAACAAAUAUAUUUUUUGCAAUGUUCAUUUUUUGUUCACUUCGUUAUCUCAGAGAAGGAAAAUAUAAAAUUGUUCAUUGGCUCUUCCCAAUUAAAUCUAACCUAGUACCAGUAACUCUAAAGUUACAGGUUAGACCUGUUAACAUAGUAAUCGAAGUGCUUGCCACAGCAAUUAGUGUUUUGGAUCAUGACAGAUUUUAAAUACAAAAAUUGUAAGAAAAAAUCAUAGUUUUGUAAACUUGUAUAA